AUGUACGCGCCGGUCGCUGUUGCCGUCGAGUCGCCUGAUAUCGCACGAGCCAGUCUCCAUGUUCGCCUCCCCUUCGCUGCCCACCUAUACGCUGUCCCAUUCCUGUCUCUUUAUCCACUUCUGGCCUAUGCCUACUACGUCAAAUACGACGAAUGGCUCGUUUCGGAAGAAUGGACUUUCCUUGCUUGCGUAACAUUGGGCUCUGCGCAUGCCCUUAGCUUCCUAGUCACUCGUUGGAAUGGCGGCGCAAGAGCAUGGAUAACUACCAACACCGCAAAAUCACUCAAGGAAGCUGACUGUAUCAGAAUUGUGCCUCACCAGCACCGAGGUCAGGGCGAAAUCGUGCCAUUGACAAAGAAAAACGAAUCCGACUUGUCUACGUGUACAUUCAGUUACCAAAGAGACACCUACGUCGUGCAAUCAUUGGAACCAUUGGUAUUCGCCCGCCUCCCGUAUCCUUCCACUAGCCGUCCGCCCCUUGGAGAUUUUCUCCAGCCCAAAAGCCUCGCCACCGCCGACGUUUCAAGCCUCAUCUCUCUCUAUGGCGGAAACGAAUUCAAUAUCCCUAUCCCUUCCUUCACUGAGCUCUUUGGAGAGCACGCAACCGCCCCCUUCUUUGUGUUUCAGAUAUUCUGUGUUGCCCUUUGGUGUUUGGAUGAGUAUUGGUACUACAGCAUCUUCACCCUCUUCAUGCUUGUGAUGUUUGAGUGUACUGUUGUCUGGCAGGUGAUUAUCGUCUACCAGUCUGCAAAGACGACUGAUAUCAAUUCUCCCCAGCGUGUCCGCACUCUUACUGAGUUCAGGACCAUGUCUGUCGAACCCUAUCCUAUCCAGUGCUAUCGUGACAACAAAUGGCAAGAAAUCCAGACAGACAAACUUCUGCCCGGCGAUGUCAUCUCUCUUGCGCCCCAGCAGAACGAGUUGAUUGUACCUGCUGACGUCCUUCUUGUUCAUGGAACUUGCAUCGUUAAUGAGGCGAUGCUGUCGGGUGAAUCCACACCACUGUUGAAGGAAUCUAUCCAGCUACUUGAUUCCAAGGAGCAACUCGAUGUUGAUGGCUCUCAUAAAAACGGCGUCCUUUUCAGCGGCACCAAGGUCUUACAAGCUUCUGCCACCUCGCAAACUGGUCUUGCUGCCCCGAUUAAAACACCGGACGGCGGCUGUCUGGGUGUUGUUUUGCGUACCGGCUUUGGGACUGCUCAGGGACAAUUAGUCCGAACCAUGAUUUUUAGCACUGAACGUGUUUCCGCCAACAACCUCGAAAGCUUCCUAUUCAUUGGUUUUCUUCUGGUGUUUGCUAUUGCUGCCAGUUGGUAUGUCUGGACCAAGGGUAUUGAGCGCGAUCUCAAGAAGAGCAAGCUAUUGCUCGAUUGUGUUCUCAUCAUCACCAGUGUCGUUCCGCCGGAACUGCCGAUGGAACUAUCUUUAGCGGUGAACGCGUCUUUAGUCGCUCUUUCGAAGUUCGCAAUCUAUUGUACGGAGCCGUUUAGAAUCCCCUUUGCUGGCCGAGUCGAUGUCUGCUGCUUUGAUAAAACGGGUACGAUCACUGCCGAAGAUCUUGUGUUGGAAGGAGUUGCGGGUGUCGAUCCAGCCAACAAUCUCCAACUAGUCGAUGUUAAGCAAACAUCAAGGGAAACGACUCUGUGUCUAGCUGCUGCUCACGCGUUGGUUCGUUUGGAUGAUGGAACGGUUGUAGGCGACCCUAUGGAAAAGACCACCUUGGCAGCAUUGGAGUGGAAUCUUGCUAAAGGCGAUUCGGUUACCCCUGCCAGCAACAAUGCACCACAUCGUACACAAUUAUCUAUUCGUCGUCGGUUCCAGUUUUCUUCCGCGUUAAAGCGUAUGUCGACCAUCUCGACUAUGCCUGGCGGCAAGACUAUUUCGGCUGUCAAAGGCGCUCCGGAGACCAUCAAGGGCAUGCUUGGUGAUGUUCCUGCGCAUUACGACGCGACAUACAAGUAUUUUACUCGCAAAGGCAGUCGUGUUUUGGCUCUUGCAAUCAAGGACAUGGAGUCCUUGUCGAUCAACAAAAUGUCACGAGAUCAAGUGGAGAGCAAUCUCAGCUUUGCCGGGUUCCUGGUGUUCCAUUGUCCUCUCAAACCGGAUGCCGUUGAAACUCUCAAGAUGCUCGCGGACUCCUCGCAUCGCUGUGUGAUGAUCACUGGCGACAACCCGCUGACCGCCGUCCACGUAGCUCACGACGUCGAAAUAAUGGACCGUGAUGCUCUAAUUCUCGACCUCAGAGAGAAUCCUGCUCAUGAUGGUGACCUUAUCUGGCGCAAUGUUGAUGAAACUACAAUCAUUCCCGUUGACCCAUCUCAACCUCUCGACGAAUCUCUGUUCAAACAAUACGACAUUUGCAUCACCGGUGCGGCCAUGAAGCAAUAUCAGGAUCGCCCUGGCUGGAAGCAGCUUGUCCAAAAUACCUGGGUCUAUGCACGAGUCUCGCCUGCUCAGAAGGAACUCAUCUUGACGACCCUCAAGACGCUUGGAUACAUCACGCUAAUGGCGGGUGAUGGGACAAAUGAUGUUGGCGCUCUCAAACAGGCACAUAUCGGAGUUGCCCUUCUGGAUGGUACCGAGGAAGAUCUCAAGAAGAUCGCCCAACGACAGCAAAUCGAGCGUAUCAAGAAGGUCUAUGAGAGUCAGCUUUCCAUUUCAGCAAGGUUCAACCAGCCACCCCCAGCAGUCCCUGCCGCAAUCGCCCACUUAUUCCCAGAUGCAGUAGCCGCCCAGCAACGAGCUGCUGCCGACCUCGCUGUGGCCCGCAAAAGAAAUCCUAUGGAAAAGUUCAACCUCGAGGCCAUCACUAGUAAGAUGGCUGAGAUGGACGAUGAGGAAGAGGUCCCGAAGAUCAAACUGGGUGAUGCAUCUUGUGCGGCACCGUUCACUUCAAAGCUCUCUCAUGUUGCAGCUGUCUCCCACAUCAUUCGCCAGGGACGAUGCACGCUUGUUGCCACUAUCCAAAUGUACAAAAUUCUGGCGUUGAACUGCUUGAUUACGGCAUAUUCUCUGAGCGUUCAAUAUCUAGACGGGAUCAAAUUUGGAGACUACCAGUAUACCAUUACUGGCGUCAUGAUGUCCGUUUGUUUCCUGUGUAUCUCUCGUGCCAAGGUGACCUUUCCUCCUCAUUUUGACAUCGAAAUCUUAUCCAGUCAACAGCCGGUUGAAAAACUCUCCCGUGAGCGACCUCUGGGCAACAUCUUCAAUCUCUACGUCUUUCUCUCCAUUGUCCUGCAGUUCGCCUUGCAUAUUGUGACCUUGGUAUAUAUGACCGACCUCUCUCAUGCACUUGAACCUCGCGAAGGACCUAUCGAUUUGGAGGCCAAAUUUGAGCCCAGCUUACUAAAUACCGCCAUAUAUCUCCUCGGCCUUUCACAACAAGUUUCAACAUUCGCGAUUAACUUUCAAGGUCGUCCUUUCCGUGAAGGUAUCCGAGAAAACCAGUAUCUUUACUGGGGUCUUGUCGGAGCAAGCGCAGUCGCUUUCUGUGGCGCUACCGAUUUCGUUCCUGAACUCAAUCGGUGGUUGCAAAUUGUCGAGAUGUCCAUCUCUUUCCGAGCGCGUUUGACGGCAAGUAUGGUCAUAGACUUUGCUGGAUGCUACGCAAUUGAAAAGACUUGUAAAUAUCUAUUUGCGGACUUGGAGCCCAAAGAGAUGGUCACACGAGGCCGAGAACGACGAGAAGCGCGUCGGAUGCUGGAGGAGAGCAAGGAGGAGUAG